CAUUGUCAUAAUUUCCAAUUUCUCAAUGAUAGAAAUUCAAAAUAAUUUAUAAUUUUAUCUUUUACUCAUAGACGGACAGACGGUAAAUUAUAUAGAUUAAAUUUUACAAUUCUUAGAGACAUAAUAAUGAUAAUUGAUAGUUCUUUUAAAGUAGGUACAUAAACUUAUUUGCAACAUUGGAGAUGAUCAACAAUGAAAGUGAUAAGUGGUCAUUAUAUUAAUAAAUAGAAUUUAUUAUUCAAAAAUGACCACAAAUCAGCUUUGGGGUGAGUUUGAAACUGAAGACGGCGAUGACACUAUAAUGCAAAAUGUAAACUUUAGCCCCAUAAUCGAACUAGGACUACAAAAUAUACCCGAAAUACCGAUCACAGUAAAGACAUCGCCUAUCGAAUUACCAACACCGAAUUUAAUUACGCAUACAAUACAGUUACACGCAUAUGCGAGACAACUAUCGGAUAUAAUAGACCAUACCGAGAAUGCAAUUUUCGAAGGCGUGAGAAUAGAUGCUUUGAAUAUACCAAGUGCACCUUUAGAACCUAUUUUAAAAAUCGAACAUGAAGCAAAACCACCUAUAAACUUCUUACCAAAACAAUACUGUGAUUUUUCUCUUGGGAAAGGGCCUGUUAUACUACCUUUUGCUCCAGAAAGCCACAGACGAGCAUUGAAGCAAUGUGCAGCUAUUGGCAUAGGACAUAUUGGCUUUGCAAUGUCCACUAACACAGCUUUAGACACAGUAGCGGAUGCUUUGGACAUUUAUAUGACAAAUAUGUGUAAACUAAUGAGAACAGUUGUAGAUAGAGAAGCAAGCGGACUUAAGUCUGGCUUCCCUGAUGUUGUGUCAAAAGUAUUUACAGAUCUUAACGUUGGCAAUCUUCAUGAAUUUUAUCAGAACCGUGUUGUCCGGUAUCAUGGCAUAGUAAAAAAUAGAUGUGAAGAAUUAAGGAACCAGUGUGAAGCAUUAGCGAUAGGUGAUAUAGCACCACAAUUGAAACUUGAAGAGGUACCAGAGUUACACUUUCCAGCUGUGCUGGAUGGUGCAUUCACACCUUCCUUAGAACCUGGCUUUCAAAUGCUGCAUAGUUUAGAGCAAGAACAGCUGCAAGGUCUUGAACUGUUAGACACUGUCACCACAGAUGAUAUAAAGGUUGAUGUAAUGGAAUUCUCACAACCAGAAACAACGAAACUGCCAACAUUGUCUCCUACUGCUAAAAAGAAAAGAAAAUAAAUGAUUGGAUUCAUCAA